ACAGCAAUACCCUAAUCCUUUUCUUUGUCAAAGGCUCACUGAUGUUUCUGGCAGACUUUAUGGAUCCCAAGUUCUAAAUCAGGGUGUGCCCUGUUCUUCUUUUCCAGAGAGAAGCAGCACUCCCUUGCUGAGCACAGUGCACCUGGACACUUGCCACCAUUACACUGUCGGAGCCCACACUUGCUAUGCUUGUCCCCGCUUCUCUCCAGAAGAAGUUGGAAACCUAACUGCCUACAGAGGCCAGAAUGGUGGAAUGAAACAGGAAGCCACUGAAGCAAGCUGGAGAGCCAAGCCCUUUCUGGAGGAGCAGCCACUGCUCUGCUCCAGAUAACUGUGGCAAGGCAGGAAUGUUGACCCACUCUUACCACACUAAUGGUCCAGUUUCUCAGACUACAUUGAUGGAAUUUUGAAGUCAUGAAAACAUCAGAUGAACCAGCCUGCAACACCUUGGAUUCACAUUGGAAAAUGAAGUGGAAGCUUAAAGAAUGUGGCCUUUAAAGGCGGGCAGUACUGGAGACAUUAACUGGCUGGUGGUGUCAAGGCAGACCAGAUCCUAGACAUAGAGGUUAUCUUAGUCCAGUAUCAAGGUUCAGGACAAAAUGUACAACUAAAAACUUUUCAUCCCUUCCUCUUCUGCUUCAGACAGAUUAUAAUGGGAAACACUUUCACAAUGGCUGAUUUCAAGGACUUGGUUCCAAACUGAGCCGAAGUUUCCCGAUGUACUUCGUAGUCCGGGAAAACUGUGCUAUGCUGGCCCAGUUUUGAAAGGCCACCAUGCUCUGUAAUAGAAGGAUAUCAUCUUUUUGCUGAUAUCUUUGGAGCGCCCCAAGCAGACACAGAAAAUGAAUGGAGGCAAAGAGUGUGACGGAGGAGACAAGGAAGGAGGUCUUCCGGCUAUCCAGGUUCCCGUGGGUUGGCAGCGUCGUGUGGACCAUAAUGGCGUGCUUUACAUCAGCCCCAGUGGGUCUCUGUUAUCUUGCUUGGACCAGGUUAAGACAUACCUGCUUACUGAUGGAACAUGCAAGUGUGGCUUGGAGUGUCCUCUUAUUCUUCCCAAGAUGCAGCCCCAGCAGUACCUUCCCGGGCGGCAACUCCAAGAUCAGCGAGAAACAAGGCUCAUGAAGGAAUUACAAAUUCCGUAAUGCCAGAGUGUAAGAAUCCUUUCAAGCUAGUGACUGGAUCAUCGAAUGCCAUGGGAAGGUUAUACAUGCAGGACCUGCCUGGAAGCCAGCAGCAGGAACUCCACACUGUCUACCCCCGCCAGAGAUUGGGCAGUAGUGAGCACGGACAGAAAUCUCCAUUUCGUGGCAGCCAUGGAGGCCUGCCAAGCCCAGCGUCAUCAGGGUCCCAGAUCUAUGGAGAUGGCUCAAUCUCUCCAAGGACUGACCCACUUGGAAGCCCUGAUGUCUUCACAAGAAAUAACCCUGGUUUUCAUGGAGCUCCCAAUUCCAGUCCUAUUCACCUGAAUAGGACUCCUCUUUCUCCACCUUCAGUAAUGCUACAUGGUUCUCCCGUACAGUCAUCCUGUGCAAUGGCUGGAAGAACUAAUAUACCUCUUUCCCCAACCUUGACUACAAAGAGUCCAGUAAUGAAAAAACCAAUGUGUAAUUUUUCAGCUAAUAUGGAAAUACCACGAGCAAUGUUCCACCACAAACCACCCCAAGGCCCACCUCCCCCUCCUCCACCUUCUUGUGCUCUUCAGAAAAAGCCAUUAACAUCUGAGAAAGAUCCACUUGGCAUUCUUGACCCUAUUCCUAGUAAACCAGUGAAUCAGAACCCAAUUAUCAUUAAUCCAACCAGUUUCCAUUCAAACGUCCACUCUCAGGUACCUGUGAUGAAUGUAAGCAUGCCUCCUGCUGUUGUUCCUUUGCCAAGUAAUCUCCCUUUGCCAACUGUAAAACCUGGUCAUAUGAAUCACGGGAGUCAUGUACAAAGAAUUCAGCAUUCAACUUCAACCUCCCUGUCCCCUUCUCCAGUGACAUCCCCAGUGCACAUGAUGGGGACUGGAAUUGGAAGGAUUGAGGCAUCGCCCCAAAGAUCACGCUCAUCUUCCACAUCAUCAGAUCAUGGAAAUUUCAUGAUGCCACCUGUAGGACCCCAGGCCGCUUGUAGUGGCAUAAAGGUUCCACCUAGGUCACCAAGGUCAACAAUAGGUUCCCCAAGGCCAUCAAUGCCAUCAAGCCCUUCCACCAAGUCUGAUGGACAUCAUCAGUACAAGGAUAUCCCUAACCCAUUAAUUGCUGGAAUGAGUAAUGUACUCAAUACCCCAAGCAGUGCAGCUUUUCCUACUGCACCUGCCGGAAAUGGUUCUGUAAAGAGUCAGCCUGGUUUGCUGGGAAUGCCUUUAAAUCAGAUUUUGAACCAGCACAAUGCUGCCUCCUUUCCAGCAAGUAGUUUACUCUCAGCAGCAGCCAAAGCACAGCUAGCAAAUCAAAACAAACUUGCUGGUAACAACAGUAGCAGCAGUAACAGUUCUGGAGCUGUUGCCAGCAGCGGCAACACUGAAGGACACAGCACUUUAAACACCAUGUUCCCUCCGACUGCCAACAUGCUUCUCCCAACAGGUGAAGGUCAAAGUGGCCGAGCAGCACUAAGAGAUAAGUUGAUGUCUCAGCAAAAAGACUCAUUACGGAAAAGAAAGCAGCCACCUACCACAGUGUUGAGUUUGCUCAGACAGUCUCAAAUGGAUAGUUCUGCAGCUCCUAAACCUGGACCUGACUUGCUAAGGAAGCAUGGGCAGGGGUCAUUUCCCAUCAGUUCAAUGUCUCAGUUACUACAGUCUAUGAGUUGUCAAAGCUCUCACUUGAGUAGCAAUAGUACCCCGGGUUGUGGGGGAUCAAAUACUGCUUUGCCUUGCUCUGCUAACCAGCUGCAUUUUCCAGAUCCUAAUAUGAAUUCCACUGUUCUUCAGAAUUCACUGACACAGAGCAUACCUUUAAGAGGGGAAGCCGUGCACUGCCACAAUGCAAACACUAACUUUGUUCACAGUAACAGUCCAGUCCCCAACCACCAUCUUGCAGGUUUAAUAAAUCAGAUUCAGGCUAGCGGGAACUGUGGGAUGCUCAGUCAGUCGGGCAUGGCUUUAGGAAACUCAUUACAUCCCAACCCACCUCAGUCAAGAAUUUCAACGUCCUCCACUCCAGUGAUACCAAACAGCAUUGUUAGCAGCUAUAAUCAAACAAGUUCUGAAGCAGGUGGUUCAAGCCUGCCGUCCUCCAUAGCUAUAGCUGGCAGCAGCCACCCUGCCAUCACAAAGACAACAUCUGUUCUCCAAGAUGGUGUCAUAGUCACCACCGCAGCCGGAAACCCACUGCAGAGUCAGCUGCCCAUUGGGAGCGACUUUCCUUUUGUUGGCCAAGAGCAUGCCCUUCAUUUUCCAUCCAACAGCACUUCAAACAACCAUCUUCCACACCCCUUGAACCCCAGCCUCCUCAGUUCUCUACCUAUCUCUUUGCCAGUGAAUCAACAGCAUCUCCUAAACCAGAAUCUAUUAAAUAUCCUCCAGCCUUCAGCAGGAGAAGGCAAGUCUGAGAUCAACCUCCACCCUUUAGGUUUUCUCAACCCGAAUGUAAACGCUGCUUUAGCUUUUCUCUCCGGUGACGUGGAUGGGCAGGUAUUACAGCCUGUUCACUUUCAGCUUUUAGCAGCCCUGCUUCAGAACCAAGCCCGAGCAGCUGCCAUGCUUCCCCUGCCGUCUUUCAAUCUGACCAUCUCAGAUCUUUUGCAACAGCAAAAUACCCCUUUACCCUUAUUAACACAGAUGACAGCCCCACCAGACCGUUUGCCAAGCAAUCAGUCAGACAACAGCCGAGCUGAUACCCUUUUAGGCAGCCCCCUGGGAAACCCCUUAACAGGCAGUGACACUACUUUUAACCCCCUGCUCCUCCCAGCUGUCACUGGGGCCUCAGGAUUAAUGGCCUUGAAUCCCCAGCUGUUGGGAGGUGUCCUGAACUCGGCAUCGGCCAACACCGCUAUUCAUCCAGAGGUUUCCAUAGCAACCUCCUCCCAGGCAACCACUACCACAACCACUACAUCAUCAGCAGUGGCAGCACUGACUGUCUCAACACUUGGUGGGACAGCAGUGGUGUCAAUGGCAGAAACAUUGCUGAAUAUAUCUAAUAAUGCUGGGAAUCCACCUGGUCCAGCUAAACUCAACAGUAACUCUGUGGUGCCACAGCUACUUAACCCUCUACUGGGGACAGGUCUGCUUGGCGAUAUGUCAUCCAUAAACAGUUCUCUGAAUAACCAUCAACUGACUCACCUACAGUCACUGCUAAACAGCAGUCAGAUGUUUCCUCCGAGUCAGCAGCAGCCGCCGCCGCAGCCGCACCUUCUCCAGGGACAGCAGAAUCUCCAGGCCUUCCAAGGACAACCCACAGUCCUUUGCCCAGCUAACAAUAACCCCAUGGCAUGUCUGUUUCAGAACUUCCAGGUGAGGAUGCAAGGAGAUGCAGCUCUUCUAAAUAAAAGAAUAAACAGUCAGCCGGGGCUCACAGCACUUCCUGAGAACCCAAACCUUGCACUUCCACAUUUCCAAGAUACACCUUGUGAGCUGCAGCCAAGGAUUGACCCGUCUCUUGGUCAGCCCAUGAAGGACGGCCUCGUUAUGGGUGGCCAAGGCGAUGCCUCGGUAGAUGCCAUUUACAAAGCAGUUGUGGAUGCAGCCAGCAAAGGAAUGCAGGUUGUCAUCACCACUGCUGUGAACAGCACGACUCAAAUCAGCCCUAUCCCAGCCCUGAGCGCCAUGAGUGCCUUCACUGCCUCCAUUGGUGACCCAUUAAAUCUGUCCAGUGCUGUGAGCGCCGUCAUCCAUGGGCGGAACAUGGGAGGAGCGGAUCACGACGGCAGGCUGAGGAAUGCGAGAGGGGCGCGGCUACCCAAGAACAUAGACCAUGGGAAAAACUCUGGUGAAGGGGACGGGUUUGAGUGUUACAAGUCAGCGAGCUGCCACACAUCCAGAAAACAAUGGGAUGGGGAGCAAAGUCCCAGAGGGGAGCGUAACAGGUGGAAAUAUGAGGAGUUUUUAGAUCAUCCAGGCCAUAUCCACAGUAGUCCUUGUCAUGAAAGGCCCAACAAUGUCUCCACACUGCCAUUUCUAGCUGGGGAACAGCACCCAAUACUGUUACCACCAAGAAACUGUCAAGGUGAUAAAAUUCUGGAGGAAAAUUUCAGGUAUAAUAACUACAAAAGAACUAUGAUGAGUUUUAAAGAGAGACUAGAGAGUACUGUGGAGAGAUGUACACACAUUAAUGGAAACAGACCUCGUCAGAGUCGGGGCUUUGGAGAGCUGCUAGGCACUGCAAAACAAGACCUAGUCCUAGAGGGGCAGUCUCCAGGCUCUUCGAAUAGUUUGGAAAGUUCUCUGGUCAAAGAUUACAUCCAUUACAAUGGAGACUUUAAUGCCAAAAGCAUUAAUGGGUGUGUGCCUAGUCCCUCCGAUGCUAAAAGCAUUAGUAGUGAAGACGACCUAAGGAAUCCAGACUCCCCCUCAUCUCAUGAGUUGAUACACUAUAGACCAAGGACGUUCAACGUUGGCGACUUGGUCUGGGGCCAAAUCAAAGGACUGACUUCCUGGCCUGGAAAAUUCAUAAGAGAAGACGACGUUCACAAUUCAUGCCAACAAAGCCCCGAGGAAGGGAAGGUGGAGCCUGAGAAGUUGAAGACACUCACAGAAGGGUUAGAAGCCUACAGCCGAGUCCGGAAAAGGAGCAGAAAAAGUGGGAAGCUAAAUAACCAUUUAGAAGCUGCUAUUCACGAGGCCAUGAGCGAACUGGACAAAAUGUCUGGGACUGUUCACCAAAUCCCGCAGGGUGACAGACAAAUGAGGCCCCCCAAACCCAAGAGGAGGAAGAUCUCCAGAUAACAGAGACUGCUCCUCUGACACACAGUGUUUAUCAAAGGAGCGUGCACAGACACACCUGUAUGUAGGUAUUGAUACGGCCACUGUUAGAUCAAUCUGUAAACCAUGGCAGAUAGCUCCCACCACCACAGGGCCCUAAAGGGAACAGCAGUGGAGACGUACGUUGGUCAGGAAGGAAAAUGAAUGUCGAAAACAAAACAGAACAAUCCCAAUCCCUGUAUGAACGAAGCAGUAAAUGGCCGAGGGACCGCUGAGAAAUGUUUUCUAUUGUACUAAAGUUGUGAUUAUAAGAAUAGUCCAAAUGUUUCUGAAGAAUUUUCAGUGUUGUAUAUAGAAAAUACAGAAUUUCAUGGUGAUAUUAGAAAUGUAAAUAUUGUACAAUAUUGUCAUGUACAAGCAUACUUAAUGCACACUUUAUCUUUUAUUGUACAAAGAAAUAGUGUACAAAAAUCUUUGGUUUCUAUGGAGUACACCUACCAGAGACUACCAGUGUAAAGUGAUAAAUAAAAAUACAACCUAAAUGCUUUUCUAUGAUAAU